AUGCUUCUGCAAGGCAGACACCGCAUUUGCAACAACUACAAGCACUUUUUCAGAACGAUGGCUUCUCUUGUUGACCAAGCUAAAAAGGCUGCUGCUUACAAGGCAGUAGACGAUAACUUCCCAAAGACCGCUAAGGUUGUUGGUGUUGGUUCCGGCUCUACCGUGGUGUUCGUCGCCGAGAGAUUGGGCCAGCUUCCAAACAAGAGUCAAUUCGUCUGUAUUCCAACUGGUUUCCAGUCAAAGCAGUUGAUUAUCGACAAUGGACUUAACUUGGGCACCAUCGAGCAAUUUCCUACUGUCGACAUAGCGUUUGAUGGUGCUGAUGAGGUGGAUGGUCAUCUCAACUUGAUCAAGGGAGGAGGCGCUUGUUUGUUCCAAGAGAAGUUGGUUGCAGGAGCAGCAUCUAAGUUCAUCGUGGUGGCUGACUUCAGAAAGAAGUCGAAGGCAUUGGGCCUACAGUGGACGCAGGGUGUGCCAAUUGAGAUUGUUCCAAACUCGUAUGCCAAGGUUACUUUAGAUUUACAGGCUCUAGGAGCCAAAAACGUUGCGUUGAGGCAAGGAGGCGCGGCUAAGGCGGGCCCUGUCAUCACCGACAACAACAACUUCUUGCUUGACGCAGACUUUGGUGAGAUCAAUGACCCAGUAACGUUGCACAACAAGAUUAAGGCGCUCGUGGGAGUGGUUGAGACAGGACUCUUCACCGGCAUGGCUCAGAAGGCCUACUUUGGAGAGGAGACCGGUGAGGUGUCACUGUGGGAGAGCAAUUAA